GCCACAUCGUUAUCUGCCCGGAGGAUCUCCGACCGCACGAAGGACCGAGCCCGGUGAGCGCGUGUCUGCCUCUCUAUCCGUCGGUAGAGGGUCUGCAGUGAAUGAAUGAAGAGUCCGUCGGUCGGACACAGACACCGGGAAGAGACUCAGAGAACUGUCCUAGGACGCAUGUUACUGCUCCGUGUCCGUGUAUCCGGAUUAUUACCUAUCCUCGGUCAUGAUCAACCUGACUGCUCGCGGUGCGGCUCGUGUGUCCGUGAUAGUCGAGUGAUGGUGCAGAGGCGCGUGCGGUGCUGUUGGCAAAUGCGAGACAUCAGUUUGGUGACAGCGCGAGGACGUCAUACAGUUAAAUACUGCAUCUGAUUGAUGAGACAUUAACAUGACUUCGUCUGUGGGUGUGUGCGCCAUAUUCUCGGUGCACCUGCACCUCCUGCAAAUGAAUGCUGAUCCUGGGCUGAUCGAUAUCUUUUAAUGAUGGUCACAGUAUCUAUUCAUCUCUUUUUACCUCAUGGUUUUCUCUCCUGCCAAGAACCACAUGUGCAACCAUUCUCUACAAGCCUGAUCAUCUUCUUGUCUACCUCUUCUAAUUUAUUUCUAAGCCAUUUAAUUUAAUGCCAUUGCAAGGACUGAUGAGGACCUUUACACUGUUUCAGAUGGAUUUAUUGUGCUCUAAAAGCGUGUGGUUACUCUGAUGCAGCUCAACACAAUAUGCUCUUUUGUGUUCUAAUGGGAUCACCAUAAGGAUUCAGGUGGCCUUAUGUUCAAGUAAACGCCUCGAUAAUUAGAAGCCUGUGGAAUGCUUGAUCUCAAGAUGAAGGAAACGUGUCGCAUCUGUGGACGGGAGCUCUGCGGUAACCAGCGGCGAUGGAUCUUCCACCCCACCGCCAAGCUCAACCUGCAGGUGCUGCUGUCUCACGCUCUAGGGCGAGAGCUGGCACGGGAUGGCAGAGGAGAGUUUGCCUGCUCCAAGUGUACCUUCAUGCUGGACCGCAUGUACCGCUUCGACACGGUGAUUGCCCGCGUGGAGGCCCUGUCCAUCGAAAGGUUGCAGCGGCUCCUGCAGGAGAAACACCGGCUGAGGCAGUGCAUUGGUGGGCUCUAUCGGAAAACAAAUUCAGAAGAGGGUGCUGUUACAUUAACUGGAGGGAGUCAAGAGCCAGGAGAUGGGAUGGUGGACAUUUCAGGUCUCACCCAUGCAAAGUACUGUGCCCUGCUCCAGGAUGACCUGGUCUACUCUUUGUAUGAGUCCUGGGCCGACGAUGGCCUGGACUGUCACCACAACCACCAUCCUCAUUGUCUUGCCGGUCCGGGGUCAGAGGUUACAGGUUCCAGCUCACAUCGUUGUGUUCCCAGCACUCCCAGGAGGUGUCGGGGAUGCUCACACUUGCGGGUGGCGGACUCUGAUUAUGAAGCUGUUUGUAAGGUGCCCAGGAAGCUAGCACGGAGUAUUUCCUGCGGGCCAUCAACCAGAUAUUCAGCCAGUCUUGUUGGAGGGAGUGUGGCUGGAGGUGUAGGAGUUGUUGGAGGUGGUGGAGGAGGAGUAGGAGAAAGAGAAAAUGAUUCAGAAGAAGCCCCCUCCUCUCUAACUCUGGUCCCUGGUUCUCGGAACCCCUCGAGGAUGUCAGACAGUGAUCGCACCCUGGCUGGACGAGCCAGCUCCAGCCCCUCUAUAGCAUCCUUGGAGGCAGGCGAGGAAUAUAUUCAGCCUGGCACCAUAACAGAUGGGCCGCUGAGCUCCCCUAGGGAACCAGAUGACGACCAGAUAUCUGAUUCCCUCUCUGAUGAGCACAUCGGAGCCCCACACACACAAGCCUCACCUGGACCCAGCCUCUCUCUGGCCCUCUGUUUGCUGCAGAGCUAUGCUGUCCACCGGCCAGUCCGGAGCUCCAAGGGGAGCAAGCUGCCGGUGCUUCUCCGACAGAGCUCCAGUAAUGGAGGCUCGAGGCUGGGCUUCCCUGAUCCUCUUCUGGGAAUGUCUUAUGGAACUCCAGAGAGAGAAAGAGACAGUCAUAUGCCAACACCUGAGCUGGAGACCCCUCUGAUCAGGCUGGAUGCUGGGGUUGAUCAGGUUCUGAACCUGGCUGAGAUGGAAGAUUUAUUGGAAGAUUUGUACAAAGAGUAUCCUCCCCCACCUCCCCACCAGAGCCUUGUUGAGGAGCAGCAGAGUCAACUGAACCAGUAUGAGUGCGCGGCUGGACAGUGUGUCAGCGAGCUGCAGAAGGCCCAGCUCCAGGUCCAGUCCCUGCAGGCCAAGAUCCACGAGAGCGAGGCCAACAACAUGAAGCUGCAAGAGAAGCUGAAUGAGAUGGAGUGUGAGCUGCGUUCAAUCCGUCAGGCUGCACAGAGUCAGGAAAGAACCAUUGAGUGUCUCACAGAGUCUAACAGCACAAAAGACAGUGAGGCCCAGGAGCUGUACCAGCUGAUUGAAGGGCAGAACACCACCUUGUGUAAGCUGAGAGAAAUGGCUCAUCGCAACCAGCUUGCUCAGUCCAAGGCUCCAGAGGGAGUCAGUGAGUCCUUGACGCUUGCCCAGCUGCAGGGCGAGCUGGUGGGCGUUCAAAGCUCCCUUUUCUCCCUUGGUCUGGAGCUGGAAGCCAGCCAGAGGAGUCUGAGACAGAGCCAGAGGCAGGAAGAGGACCUAGCAAGGUUCAAGGAGCGACUCAACUCUGAUCUACAGGAGGCUCUGCAGCACAGGGAGGUCACUGAAAAACACAACCAGGACCUUCGCUGUGCCCUUCAGAAAACUCGCUCUGAGCUUCAGGCUAAAGAAGCAACUUUGAAGGAGAGCGAGGCAGAGAGACACGCUGUGGUGCAGGAAAAAGAAAGGAGCAUCGCACAGCUCAAAUGCUCUCUGCAAGACAAGGAGCAACAGUUACAGGAGUACUCAGAGAUGUUGGAGUCAACAGGAAGCUCCAAACCAAGAGAUGCCCUGCUGGAGAAACUAAGAGAGCGUAUUAAAGAUAGAGACAGAGCUCUGGAGCGCUCCAUCGAUGACAAGUUCCGCUGUGUGGAGGAGCGUGAGGGCCAGGUGAGGAGGCUGCAGCUGGCCCUCAGGGAGAAGGAACGAGACCUGGAGAGACUCCGCUGCAUCCUGUCCGGCAAUGAGGAGACCAUUACGAGUCUGGACGCCUUGGUGCGCGGUAAAGAGCUGGAGCUGGAGCAGGCGGCAGAGGCCUACAGGAACCUCCAGUGGCUGAAGCAGCAGAGUGAGGAAAAGGAGAGAAACACUCUGAGAGAGAAAGACACCAUCAUCAGCCAGCUACAGGCAGCUCUACAGACACGCAGCCAGGAGACACAGGAUCUGACUGCCGCCCUCGUUGCCAGAGUCCAGGCUGGUCCCACCGAAGUCGUAGAGGAGCUGAAGGCCCGGCUGGCGCUGAAAGAGAAACUCUUCCAGGAGCUGCUGUCAGACCGUAGCCGCCAGUCUAAUGAACACCAAGCACAAGUCCAGGACAUGCUCAACACCCUGAGCUCCAAAGACCAGUAUCUGCAGGACUACUCCUACAGGCUCUCUCUUGUGAUUAGCGAGCAGACCAGCCAGCUGCAAGAGCUCCGCAGACAGCUCUCAUUAAGAGAGCAGGAACUGUGCGAGCUGAACUGGGACAAGGAGAAAGAGAUGGGAGGAGAGACGGAGCAUCUGCGCGGUCUACUCAAAGAGAAAGAAGCCUUUAUUAAGGAACUGAUGCAUGGCCAGGAAGAGGCGAUGCAGCCCUCCUCUAAGGAGAGUGAGGCGGAGAUGAAGACUCUCCAAGAGGAGUUGCAGCUGGUAAUGAAGAAGGAGAUAGAAGCUCAGAAGGAGCUCUCUGCUCUGCGUUUGUCUUUGGCUCACCAGCAGGCCGCACGAGUGGACACUAAGGACAGCUCUGAUCAUCAAUGUGUGCUGGAACAGCUUGUGUCAGAGUACAACAAGCUCAACGAUGCCCUGAGGGCGGAGAAGCGAUUAUACCAAAAUCUUGUGCACAUUCACAGCAAGAGUGACAGCUCAGAGAAGAUCCAGACACUCCACACUGAGCUAGAUUCGGUUCAGGCACUCCGCAGACAGCUGGAGGAAGUCCUGGCCAGGACCCGUAACAUGGCCCUGGUGCUGGAAAGGGCAGCUAAAAGGCAGCCUGAUUUUGGAGAGCUCAGCACAGAGGAAGAGGAGGAGGGAGACGAUGAAGACGGCAGCAGUGAUGAGUUCACAGACAGCAUAGAGGAGGAUGAUGACAAAGUGUCGACCAGAAGUUUGGCUUCCAUUCAGGCUUGUGGACGUGAGGGUGUUCCCGGAGCGCCGGUGAGGGGGGUAGCGUCCCAGAGAUCUGAUGUAAAGCAGCUUGAGGAAGCAAAAAAGACACUUGAAGGUCAUCUUGAAGAAAUAAAGUUACAACUGGAGAGGGAUGGAUACACCUCUGUGGGUCAGAUGAGGAGUGCACUGCAGAGGUUGCAGCAGGAGAACCAGGCUCUGAAAGAAUGCCAUGGACGAACUGGAGUUGUGGGACUGAGAGCUAAAACGGAGGAGAAUCACAGGGGUCUGAUCCAGGAAGAAGAAGAAGAGGAGGAGGAGGAGGAGGAGGAGGAGGAAGAAGAAGAGGAAGAUAUUGAGGAAGAAGAGGAAGAUAUUGAGGUAGAAGAUGAAGAGGAGGAAACAUCUCCAGUGUCUGUGGGGAAGCGAGGUCCUCCAUGUGUUAGUCUGAGUGAGGAGCGAGGAAAGAGGCGAUGCACAAGGCCUCUGAUGUCCCAUCAUCACACACACCAGCCUGAGACGGAGGUGGAGCCUGCUGUUGGAAGCAGAGAGGUGGGAGAGCUCUGGCAGGAUAUAGAGGAGGGUCUCCGUGAGCAGGCAGCCCGUCUUAGCUCUGAUCUGGCUCUGAGCCACCAGGAGAACAGAGAGCUCCAGGAGAGGCUGAUGGUGUCUGAGGCCACAGUCCAUGCUCAGGCUGAACAACUGAAGGACUACAGAGACCUGCUAACAGAGACAUCGGUCCAGCAGGCCAGUAAGCAGGUGCAGGUGGAUCUCCAGGAUCUGGGUUAUGAGACUUGUGGUCGCAGUGAGAACGAAGCUGAGAGAGAAGACGCCAGCAGCCCAGAGUUCGACGACCUGGAGAUGUGCACGUCGCUGUCCAAUCAACAGGACUAUGAGGGUGGUAACUGGUACGCUGGUAACUGCAGCAGUAACAGAGGUGCUUAUGAAAUGGGGGAUGAGUCAUCCUCUCUCCAGCAUCUGGUCCAGGAUCUCCGCUCACAGCUGACCCGCUGCCACAAGGUGAUCCGUGGGCUGCAGCUGCGUGUCCGCUCCCUGUCUAACACCAGCGACUAUGCCUCCAGCCUGGAGCGCACCCCACGCAAGGUAAACUGGGCCUUCGAGACGUCACCAGCCCCGAGCGGUGUAGAAGAGGAUGAAGGCUGGGUGUCUGACACCCAAGGGAUUCGCUCAGGGUCCAAGCCCAGCAGGGAACUGCAAGAGCUGAUGGCACGAGUUGCGUCACUGGAGGCCCAACUGAAGAGCUCCAGACAGGAGGGCAAAGGCCAAGCCGAAGAGGGGAAAUGUGCCACCUGGCCUGGGAAGUACAACUCUCUGAUCCAGACACAAGCUCGUGAGUUGUCCCACCUGAGGCAGAGGAUGAGAGAGGGGCAAGGAGUCUGCCAUAUCCUCACCCAGCACCUGGGUGAUACCACCAAGGCCUUUGAGGAGCUGCUGCGUGCCAAUGAUAUUGAUUACUACAUGGGUCAGAGCUUUAGAGAGCAGUUGGCACAGAACACUGCACUGGCUCAAAGAGUGGUCACCAAGAUCAGUGGACGCGACCGUGCAGAGAGCCAUAAUGACAAGACAGGCCAUGAGUUGCUUGCCCUACGGCUGAGUAAGGAGCUUCAGCAGAAAGAUAAGAUCAUCGAGUCCCUCCACACCAAGUUGCAGCAGCGCCCGGAGACCCCGUCCAGCUGCCAUGCUCUCUCUGAGACCACCGACCAAUCAGACAGAACCUCCCUGGUGUCCGAUGAGUACAGAACCAAUGAAGACUUGGAGCUGUGCUCUGAUAUAGACAGCAGAGAAUACCAGGAGGAGCACCGGCUGCAGCAGCCAGGACAUGGAUCAGAACAAGACGUCCGCCCAUCUAUCCCUCCACUUCAUGGCUUCCUCAAGUCCUCCAGCAGCUGUCCCAACAUGCUUUGCUCAGGCCCUGUGGGUCAGUCCUCCAGAGCCCUUUUCAGUGAGCCUGUCACCUACUCCCUCUCUGUCCCCUCUGGCCCUGAUGUCUGGGGUGUGGGAGUCACUUCUGAACCCCAGCCCAGGGCCCUGUCUGUGAUCGCUGUUCGCCCAGAGCUGGACACGCUGUACAAACAGAGGAAUGAGCACAACAGGGGUUUUGCAGUCCACCAUGACAAGGCUCUGUUCACUCUCUCACCUGCCCACAACCAGCACAACCUCUCCAGCUAUAGCCAGCUACCCCAUCAUGCCUUUCAACAGUAUCAGCUGGGUGGCAUUCCUGAAGGCCACUCGCUGAAGUCUGACUCAGGUCUAGUGACAGGAGGGACUUUGUGGGACAUGGAGAACAUGGUUCAGCCUGUUGGGAGCUACUCUGGAUCACCAGGACACCAGCAGGAGAGCAACCAUGCAGGGGUAAAUUUGAUAGAGGAGCACCUGCGGGAGGUGAGGUGUCUCCGUCAGCGUCUGGAAGAGUCCAUUAGGACUAAUGAGAGACUCCGACAGCAGCUGGAAGAGAGGCUGGCCACAACUGGACGUGAUGGAGGGGCACCAACAAACAUCUACAUUCAGGGGCUGGACACAGUCACUCAACUGUCCAAUGAGAUCAGAGUCCUGAAGGAAGAGAACUUGGGUCUACAGUCACGCCUGCAGGCCAGCACAGACACAUGUGAGGAGGUGGUGCAGCUGCGGGAGGCGGUGUUUACAGCACGUGCACGUCUGAAACAAGCAGAGCUGGAGGCAGAGCAGUGGAAGGAGGAGCUAAGACGACUUCAGGCUCACAGUCAGGAGCAGGGACAGCAGAUACACAUAUUAAGGCAGGAACGGCAGGCCAGUCAGGAGAAAACCAACAGACUCCAGCAUGAGGUGUCUCUACUGCAGCAGCAGCUAUGUGAGAGCAGAGAGCUCAUCCACUCCCUGCAGAGUGAACUACAAGUGUACGAUCGAGUGUGUUCCAGCACAAAGGCCAACAAAGGCUACCUGUGUGAGCUCCCAGGUCUACCUGUGGAGCUGGGGGAGCUGCUCGGGGAGGUGAGGAGUCUGCGAGCCCAGCUGCAAAACAGCGUCCAGGAGAAUAGUGCCCUAAAACAACUGGAGCUCCACAAGCAGCUGGAGCAGAAGCUGGGUGUCGGCUCUCCUCGGACUCCCUCCCUCUCUGCGCUCACUGCCAGCCCUCAGAGAGAAAACUUCUACAGACGACAGCUGCUGCACGACCCAGCUCCGUCUCCACCAGUCAGGGACAUUGGUCUGUUUAACUGUGGAUCUCCCGGUCCUCCCUACUCAGACCUGGACGACAGCCAUAUUACUACCAAUGACCCUCUUGACCCUCACUCUGAGUUGGAGGGGGAGGCCCCUGACGGAUCAUUUGCAAACCGUAACGGCCGCCACGCCAUCGGCCAUGUGGAUGACUUCAGUGCUCUUCAGCAGCAGGUCUUAGAGGGCCGGAGCCUUGUCCAGCGCAUGGAGGCAACCCUGCAGGCCUGCCUCAGCCCACCGCUGCUGGAUGGCGACCAGAAACAGAGCAGUGAGCUGGUCCUGGACUAUGGAUGUGUGAAGAGCCUGCUGUCCAACACCAAGACUCUGAGGCAGAUCCUGGAGGAGGUGAUGUCUCUGCUGAAAAUGUUCUGGAGAGCAGCUCUACCCAGCACUGAUCCCUCCGUCCAAAACCUUAAGAAGGAGCAGUGUAUGCAGGAGGAGAUCUUGUCCCUGAAACUGCGUGUAUCAGAGCAGGAGGAGGUUCUUAAGGGGACAAUUCAAAGACUGAGGAGCACCAGCCGCACCAAGGAGAGCAUGGAGCACUUCAUAGUCAACCAGUUGUCAAGGACUCGUGAUGUGCUGAAGAAAGCAAGAACAAAUUUAGAGAAGAAUGAGCUGAGACUUUCCUCUCUAAGCUCCUCCUCUUCCUCUUCUUAUGCUGCUGAGGACCCAGGAGGUGCUGCCAGAGAGCGGCCUGCUGAUCGCAGUUUCCUGAAGAGCAGCGGUGCUUCCGGAGCUGCAGCCAAUCAACGUCCAGCGGCGAGGAAGCGCAGCAGCCAAUGCCUGCUUUAGACUUUUAAAGAACCAGCCUCAACGCCACCACCUCUGACCUCUAUGCUGAAACAGCCAAGACCCACAACCCCCACCCUCCUGCCAGCCCUCCACGCCAACCUUUUCCUGUCCCACCCAACCUCAGCCUUUACCUCCGUCCAGCCUUGAGAGUGCUUCCAUCCUCCCCUCCUCCGGGCAAUAUGUGCACAGUAUAAUCUGCACCUUGAGCCUUACCAAACUCCCUUCAACCCGCCGCCAGUUUUCAGUCACUCUCUACCACCUCUCUCACUACAUGUACUAUGUCUUUGAGUGAUACAGUCAGCAGUUUGCCUUGUCGUGUGUGUGACAGAAGAAGGUGUUUGAAAUGUGCCUCUGGUGGUUUCAGUGACGUGCGUCCUACUGAUGGAGCUGGUUGAACAUGCUCCUAGACACUGAUCUCAGACCAGGUGUGUUUCCAUAAAGGCAUAAAGGCAUUUUGGUUUUAGGGGUUGUAUUACAGAACAUUUCAGGAUAACUGUACCUGAUUUAUAAAUUUAGAAAAAUAAUUUACAAUGGAGAAUUUUGAAAGAAAUCAACUGUAGAUUUGUGAGAACUUAACUUGGAGUUAAAAUCUAAAGUUUCUAAAAUAACCCCCCUCCAGGAUCUGUGUCUAAGAGCAUCCUCUCCUGAGAGCCAGACAGCCUGUGGACGGAAUAAGUGUUCAUGCAUGUUUAAUCGUGGCUUGUGAGAGGAAUUCUGCACACACGUACACACACAUAUAUGUAUAUGUAUAUGUAUGUAUAUAUAUAUACAUACAUAUACAUAUAUGUGUGGUCGAGAUGGCUCACUCAAAGACAAGACAUCCUCAACUUUUAACUGCCACAGAAAUGCAAGUUUACUUCUCGUGGCACUUUUAUUAACGAGGAGUUUUUUUUGCAAAUGCAAUGCAAGGAACAGUGACACCCACAACGUAUCACUAGACACAGUGGAGGAAUGUAGAGGAGGUAGGUGAUCACUGCUAAGUAGUUGUGUAUAUCUGUAUUUGUGGAGGAAGCUUAUGAAUGGUAUGUCAGCCUUCAGCCAAGGGUUCUGAAUAGCUGAACAAAAGCCACAGAAAGGUUCCAUUUUAGUCACAAGCCUCCUCUUUUGGGUCCUAACGUUACUUUUUUGGCAUCUACCUGCUGAAUUUGAAGUCAAAUGCAGGGGAGUGGGGUAAAAGAAAGCUUAAGGCUUUGAUCAAUCUGGUUGGUUGUGAUUUCUGUACACUAGAAUUUGUAAAAAAAAAAAAAAAAAAAAAAGAGGUUAAAGUGCUGAAAUGGAACCAGGCUAAACACGCGUAUUCAAGCUCCUCUGUAGGAGUUCUCAUACGAGCAUGUGCAAUAAUGAUGUUUCUUGAAUGAUCAUGCUGCACCGGGUUAUUAUUAUUUCUUUGCUUGACACUGGAUUAUUAGUCACACUCAUAAUAAAGUUAGGACACAAUCAGUGUUAUGAUUGUGCAUUUUGUUCUGGUGUGUUGAUGCAUGACAGAGACUGUAAGUGGUAAAAUCUAAGCUAUGGAACAGGGGAUUGCCAAUACUUGCCAAAGUUUGAACUUUGAACUCUUUACUUUCACUUUGACUUGCCUUAUCCAUGCGAAUGACAAACCUAGGUCUGAUCAGACUUUAGGGAUACCGAGGUGUCUUUUAUUAAAAGGGCCUCCAGAACCACAGAGAUGGUAACCGUUAGACAGCUAGUUCAGUUUAUUUUGAAUUGUGGAAAUGAGCUCCUUUUUUUGGACCAAAACUCAACUAAGUGGAUUUUUCCCUCGAGGCCAUAUGUUUUUGUCUUUAUGUUAUUUCUCGUGGUUCGUGGCCGUAUACGCAUUCCCAUGGCAAUGGCAAAAUAGGUUAUCAAGUUCUUAUAGAUGAUGCAAACUUUGGCAGGCUACUGGUGGGAUCAUUGUUCUUUAAUUCACUCACUUAUAACAGUUCAACUUCAUGUUUAGUUUGAUAUGUUUUCUUGCUGUACAUUUGCCAUUUCAUGCUGUAAUUAACCUGCUUUUUCUGUAUGAACUUUUCUUUUGUUUGAGGGUGUGUGUGUGUGUGUGUGUGUGUGUGUGUGUGUGUGUGUGUGUGUGUGUGUGUGUGUGUGCGCAUGCGUGUGCCUACGUGUGCGUGUGUGAAAAAAACAUCCAACAUUUGCUUUUUGCAAAGUUGAUUUUCUGGGUAGCUGUGCAAUAGCUUUAUAUCUUUUAUUUUGAUGUUAAACAUCAUUGUAUUACGAGUAUGUUUGCUACAUUCACUUCCUGCAAUGUAUGAUUUAUAUGCAGUGUAUGUUAGAGGAUUGUGUCACUUUGAAUAAAUUAGUCACGUAGGUUGUGUCUGAUAAGAAAUCACAAACUAUGCCUUCAUGAUAUCUAAGUCACUGAUCACAAUAUUGUCCACCUAUAACAAAGCUCGGAUUAAUGUUGCUUCGCUUGCCUUUAAAUUUAGCUUGAGAGCUUCUUCAGUGGGCUCUCAGUGGUAGAAAUGGCCUUGAACUAGCGCUCGUCUACCUGAGAUCUGCCAAAUUAGGUUUUGUUUGCGCUCGAGUCUUCAGAAAAAGACAAAAGUUGCCAAGUAUUUCAAUAGAAGUGAAAAGUUUGAUAUUACCUUUUGAAAUUAAAGAAGUUAAAGGGAAAAGUUUUGAAGAUUUGUCUACUGUAAAAAAAAAAAAAGCCAAUGACUGGAAAGAUUGUGAAACGCAGAAUCCAUAAAGCACCUUGUUAGAGCGUAAACAAAGCCUUUUUGCUAUUGUUAUUAAGGGAAUCAAACAGCAGUUUGAAACAAUGUAUUGUUGGUUGAGUUACGUAUGUAUAUAGCGCUAUUUGAUUGGUGCAGCUUUUAUGUGAUUGGAAAGCAGCUUUUUUUCUGAGUUUGUGCAUAAUGAACUAGAAAGCCGAUACAGGACUCAUAUGGAUCCUGUCUCUGAUGACAGUUAACAGUGUGCUGUGUUGGCAAAAGUAUUAUCACUGAAAGAUUUUGGUAAAGAAUGAAUAAAACACUUAAAAAGCU